AUGCAAAUCGAGACGUUGCAAGUGAACUGCACACGUGAAUUGCUGGACAUGCAACUCACAUUGAGUCGCAACUUUCGCGGCCUGCUCUAUGCCAAGGACUUUCCACUCGAGUGUCGCUCCCGCGGCCAGGAUGCCGCACAGGUAGCGUUGCAUGUGCCCACAUCGGGCUGUGGCGUUCGUGCCGAGCCCUUGCCCGACGGUGGCAUGGAGUACACCGUCCGCAUCAUGUUGCAAAUGGAGCUAAAGUUGCGCCAAAGCACCGACAUCCUGCGCACCGUGCGUUGCCAGCUGCCCGCCAAGGCCAUGGGCAUGCCACUGCCCCUCACUGGACGCGAUCGCAAUGCACGCAUGCGCGCCUUGGCUGUUGUGGCAUCAUCAUCAUCAUCAUCAUCGUCUUCGUCAUCAUCAUCAUCGCAAACUGCUCAUCAUCAUCAUCACAUGGACACGCCGCGUGUCCGCAUCUGGCUGGAAUUGGGCGGUCCAAAUGGUUCCGGCUCUGUGGAGGUGGGCGUGGCAACCACUUUAACCGUGCGCGCCAUUGUACCCGGCACUAUAGGGGUGCGUGUGGUGGACUGUGCGGCACUCGACGGAUUGGGUGAAUCCACACAGCAGCUGCUCGACGCACGCGGUUGUCCCAUUGACGAACAGGUAAUGCCGGCUCUGCAUACGAGGUUUAAGCCCGCCGAGGAAGGAUGGUCCAAGCAGCUUGAGGAAGAUUUGGUCGAGCGAACGUUUAUGGCAACAUUUCCCGCCUUCAAGUUUCCCGAUCGCGAGCGCCUGCACGUCAGCUGUGGCGUUCAGCUGUGCAAAGGGAAGUGUCCAAAUCUCAAUUGUCGCCUCACCGAGCAGCAACUACAGCUGAACGCCGAUCAGCACCUGGCGCGCAUCGAAGUGUUCAACUCAUUGGCCGUGACAGCGCCACAGAUCGAAGUGGAUCGUCUGCGUUACGAUCGACGCUACAAUAUGAGCGUGGAAGAUUACGUGCCGCAUGUGCGUCCGCUUGUUGGCGAGGGCACCUUAUGUCUGUCCAUUUCCAAGUUGGCCAUCUCGUUCUGCAUACUUGGCUCGAUCUUUUUGAUAGCCGUGAUCGUGGCCAUCUUCUCCAUGAUACGCACACGUCAACGUCAGCAGGGUCGUUGCGGUGGCUUGAGUUUAAGUGGAACUGGCACUGGAACUGGCGCUGGUACUGCAACCAGCACUUCAAAUAGCAGCAGCCGUUUGCAUCGGGCCGAAAUCUGCACUUCGAUGUUCUCCUCCAGCAGCGAAUCGGCACAGUCUGCACCACGUUUUGGUGGCAAGUUUCUAAUGCCCUUGCCGUAUUAUCCAACUAAUUUGCCCUAUGGACGUGUCUAUUGAAUGUCGUACUUUAGUUUAUAAGUUUUAGUUACCAUUUUGGGCAGUUUUUUUUUUCUAUAGACUGAUGUGGCUUCAAUCUCAAAAACAUGAAAUUCGUUUAACGAAUGCUCAAUGAAGAUACCAAAAUAUGUUGUAACUACAAUUCUAUGUUUAGUUGAAAGCGUCUUGAAAGCAUUUUGCGCUGUGUCCGUUUAAAAUGCGUUUUGAUACGCUUUCGUUGCAUACAUACUAUAUAUGUUUAUAUUAAUGGCACAUAUAUACUGAUUUUAUUGUGCCUAGUUUAUUUUAACCGUGCAAUUGUAAUUAAAUUUAAAUUUAAAA